AUGCGUUUCACUCCCGACAUCAGCUUCUCCGCGGCCGCCGUCGCUCUCUUGGCUUCGACUGCUUCGGCCCAGAGCUGCAAGCUGCCUACCAAGUACUCAUGGACCUCGUCCGGUGCUCUUGCACAGCCCAAGUCCGGAUGGGCUAACCUCAAGGACUUCACCAUCUCGACCUACAACGGCCAGCACAUGGUCUACGCUACCAACCACGACACCGGCAGCAAGUACGGCUCCAUGGCCUUCAGCCCCUUUGGCGACUUCAGCGCCAUGGCUUCUGCUUCCCAGAACGGCAUGAGCUUCAACGCCGUUGCCCCUACGCUCUUCUACUUUGCUCCCAAGAGCAUCUGGGUUCUCUGCUACCAGUGGGGACCCACUGCCUUCUCCUACAGGACCUCGUCCAACCCCAGCAACGUCAACGGCUGGGGCGCCGCCCGGCCUCUCUUCUCUGGCUCCAUCUCUGGCAGCGGCACUGGUCCUAUUGACCAGACCGUCAUUGGUGACAGCAAGAACAUGUACCUCUUCUUCGCUGGUGACAACGGCAAGAUCUACCGCGCCAGCAUGCCCAUUGGAAACUUCCCUGGCAACUUCGGCUCUUCCUCAACCGUCGUCAUGAGCGACUCGACCAACAACCUCUUCGAGGCUGUCCAGGUCUACACUGUCAAGGGCGGCGGUUACCUCAUGAUUGUCGAGGCUGUUGGCAGCGGAGGCCGCUACUUCCGCUCUUUCACUGCCUCGAGCCUCGACGGCAGCUGGACUCCCAACGCUGCCACCGAGAGCAACCCCUUCGCCGGCAAGGCCAACAGCGGUGCCACCUGGACCAACGACAUCUCCCACGGAGACUUGGUCAAGGUCACCAACGACCAGACCAUGACCGUCGACCCUUGCAACCUGCAGCUGUUGUACCAGGGCCGCAACCCCAGCGCCGGCGGCGACUACGACCGCCUUCCCUACAGGCCCGGUCUCCUCACCCUCAAGAAGUAA